UCCCAGCCCGCUGCACGCUGCUGUGCUGCGCACGCGCAGAAGUAAUCGUAGCGCCACCUUGGCCCUACGGGCUUGCGGGCUCCUGCGCGCGCUUCUCGUGCCUCUCCCUUGAUUGGUCAGAUUGCCCCGCCAUCACGGCCUCCCUCUGCUUUCUAGGUUGAGGAGGAAGGGGGGCGGGCCGGCGCCCACCUGCGCGUGCGCGAUACUGUUGCUGUCCCUUUGCUAUUGCGUUGCAAAAAAAAUCCUGACUAGCUAUCCUUCGGCCUUUUCUGUACUAGAGGAUCUAAAGGAGAAAGAUUUCUGCUACCGAAGGGGCAGUCGGGUAGUAUUAAAUUUAAGAUAUUAACGCCCGCUGUAAUAGGAGCGUGGGGAAGGGCCUUAGCGUAGAGAGCCUAAGAGUAUAAAGCCAUUGGUUUGGGGGCCAGGCGUUUUGAAGGGCUUUGCAGGACCUGUUUUCUGCUUAAUUCUUCCCUGAUUACUGACUGGUUUAAACACAACCCCCUGAACAAUUCUGAUAAACCUUCGAAACCCACAGCCCCUCCUUGCAGCGUGUAGCAGCCACCAGCGUGGCCAGCAGCUGGUCCUUCCGUCCUACCUCCAGAAGAGCCUAGCGCGUGCACCAUCCCCUCCCCCUGGCCUCCCUCCCACCUACUGCUUUCACGCACUCGCAGUGAUUGUUUUGCUCGCUCCCGCCGCCGGCGCCGCCGCCGCCGCCGCCAGAGGAGCAGCAGCGCUUGUGCAAACCGGGAAGAUGGCGGCCGGCGGCGGCGGAGGCAGCAGUAAGGCCUCCUCCUCGUCGGCCUCUUCGGCAGGGGCUCUGGAGUCCUCGUUGGAUCGAAAAUUCCAGUCGGUAACCAACACCAUGGAAUCUAUUCAAGGCCUCUCGUCCUGGUGUAUAGAGAACAAGAAACACCACACUACUAUCGUCUACCAUUGGAUGAAGUGGCUCCGGAGAUCUGCCUAUCCCCAUCGUUUGAAUCUCUUUUACCUUGCCAAUGAUGUCAUCCAGAACUGUAAAAGGAAAAACGCAAUCAUAUUCCGUGAAUCGUUUGCUGAUGUACUUCCAGAAGCAGCUGCUCUAGUGAAGGAUCCAUCUGUCUCUAAGUCUAUAGAACGAAUCUUUAAAAUCUGGGAGGAUAGAAAUGUUUACCCAGAAGAAAUGAUUAUGGCAUUAAGAGAAGCUUUGAGUACCACUUUCAAAACUCAGAAGCAGCUGAAAGAAAAUCUGAACAAACAACCGAAUAAGCAGUGGAAGAAAUCACAAACAUCCACGAAUCCAAAAGCUGCUCUCAAGUCUAAAAUAGUUGCUGAAUUUCGAUCUCAGGCCCUCAUUGAAGAGCUGUUGCUAUACAAGCGCUCAGAAGAUCAGAUAGAAUUGAAGGAAAAACAGCUGUCAACUAUGCGGGUGGAUGUGUGUAGCACAGAAACUCUCAAAUGCUUAAAAGAUAAGACUGGUGGGAAGAAGUUCUCCAAAGAAUUUGAGGAGGCAAGCGCCAAACUGGAGGAAUUUGUGAAUGGAUUAGAUAAGCAGGUGAAAAAUGGGCCCUCACUAACAGAAGCACUGGAAAAUGCUGGAAUUUUUUAUGAAGCACAGUACAAAGAAGUAAAAGUGGUGGCCAAUGCAUACAAAACCUUUGCUAAUCGAGUGAACAAUUUAAAGAAAAAGCUGGAUCAAUUGAAAUCAACCCUCCCUGAUCCAGAAGAAUCACCAGUUCCUUCCCCAAGUAUGGAUGCGCCCUCUCCAACUGGUUCUGAGUCUCCUUUUCAGGGAAUGGGAGGUGAGGAAUCCCAGUCACCAACUGUGGAGAGUGAGAAAUCUGCCACACCUGAGCCUGCAACAGAUAAUCGUGAUGUGGAAGACAUGGAACUCUCAGAUGUAGAAGAUGAUGGGUCAAAAAUAAUCGUAGAGGACAGGAAAGAAAAACCUGUGGAGAAGUCAGCUGUAUCCACUUCUGUACCUACAAAGCCAACAGAAAGUGUCUCAAAGGCCUCUUCAUGUACCCCAGUGCCUGUGACCAUGACAGCAACCUCCCCUCUUCCAAAGCCUGUGAAUACUUCUCUUCUGCCCCCAUCUCCAGCAUUGGCUUUGCCAAACCUGGCUAAUGUGGAUCUGGCAAAGAUCAGUUCCAUCCUUAGCAGCCUGACAUCAGUCAUGAAAAAUACAGGGGUCAGUCCUGCAUCAAGACCUUCUCCAGGAACUCCUACAAGUCCGGGCAACCUCUCCAGUGGCCUGAAAACACCUGCACCUGCCACGACAACAUCUCACAACCCUUUGGCAAAUAUCCUCUCGAAGGUGGAGAUCACCCCAGAGAGCAUUCUGUCUGCUCUUUCCAAAACCCAGACACAGUCAGCCCCUACACUGCAAGGCCUGUCAUCUUUACUUCAGAGUGUUACUGGGAACCCAGUUCCAGCCAGUGAAGCUGCAUCCCAGAGCACUUCAGCUUCCCCUGCCAACACCACCACAGUCUCUAAUAUAAAAGGAAGAAAUCUGCCCUCCAAUACCCAAUCCUUUAUUCCCAAAAGCUUCAACUAUUCUCCUAAUUCAUCAACAUCUGAAGUCUCUUCAACUUCAGUCAGCAAGGCCUCAAUUGGGCAAAGCCCAGGGCUUCCAAGCACUACUUUCAAGCUACCGUCCACCUCUCUGGGGUUUACAGGCACCCACAGUACUGGCCCUGCUGCCCCACCUACUGAAGUUGCCAUGUGCCAAUCUUCAGAGAUCUCCAAGCCAAAGCUGGAGUCCGAGUCCACCUCCCCAAGCCUGGAAAUGAAGAUCCAUAACUUCCUAAAAGGUAAUCCUGGUUUCAGUGGCUUAAAUUUAAACAUCCCAAUCCUGAGCAGUUUGGGGUCCAGUGCCCCAGCAGAAAGCCAUCCCUCAGACUUCCAGCGUGGCCCUACUAGCACUUCAGUCGACAACAUUGAUGGAACCCCUGUGCGGGAUGAACGCAGCGGGACGCCCACCCAAGAUGAGAUGAUGGACAAGCCCACAUCCAGCAGUGUAGAUACCAUGUCCCUGCUUUCUAAGAUCAUUAGCCCUGGUUCUUCAACACCCAGCAGUACAAGAUCACCACCCCCUGGGAGAGAGGAAAGCUACCCCCGGGAGCUCUCCAAUUCUGUAUCUACAUAUCGACCUUUUGGCCUGGGCAGUGAAUCACCCUAUAAGCAGCCUUCUGAUGGAAUGGAGAGACCAUCUUCCCUGAUGGACUCUUCACAGGAAAAGUUCUAUCCAGAUACUUCUUUCCAGGAAGAUGAGGAUUACCGAGAUUUUGAUUAUUCAGGGCCUCCACCCUCUGCCAUGAUGAACCUAGAGAAGAAACCAGCCAAGUCUAUCCUGAAAUCCAGCAAGCUUUCUGAUACCACCGAGUACCAGCCAAUCCUGUCCAGUUACAGUCACAGAGCCCAAGAAUUUGGGGUAAAGUCUGCCUUCCCUCCAUCUGUAAGGGCCCUCCUGGACUCUAGUGAGAACUGUGACCUUCUCUCACCUUCCCCUGGGCUGUUUGGUGCCUUCAACAUAAGAGGGAAUGAACCUGGGUCUAACCGGUCACCGUCACCGAGUAAGAAUGAUUCAUUUUUCACCCCCGACUCCAACCACAAUAGCUUGUCUCAAUCUACCACUGGGCAUCUCACUUUGCCACAGAAGCAGUACCCAGACUCUCCUCACCAAGUCCCACAUCGUUCCCUUUUCUCUCCGCAGAAUACCCUUGCUGCUCCCACGGGCCUUCCACCCACAUCAGGCGUGGAGAAAGUCCUGGCCUCCACCAUUUCCACCACGUCGACGAUUGAGUUUAAGAAUAUGCUUAAAAACGCCUCACGAAAGCCCUCCGAUGAUAAGCAUUUUGCCCAGGCCCCCAGCAAGGGCACUUCAAGUGACGGUGUCAGUCUCUCAAACCUCACCCAGCCCAGCUUGACCGUCACUGAGCAGCAGCAGCAAGAAGAGCACUACCACCGCAUAGAAACCCGCGUCUCCUCCUCCUGCUUAGACUUGCCUGACAGCACUGAAGAAAAGGGGGCCCCCAUAGAAACCUUGGGUUAUCAUAAUGCAUCCAAUAGGAGGAUGUCUGGGGAGCCAAUACAGACCGUAGAGUCCGUCCGAGUUCCUGGGAAGGGAAAUAGAGGACAUGGGCGUGAGGCUUCAAGGGUGGGUUGGUUUGAUCUGAGCACCUCAGGCAGCUCUUUUGACAAUGGCCCUUCAAGUGCCUCUGAGUUGGCAUCCCUUGGGGGUGGGGGCAGCGGAGGCCUCACUGGCUUUAAAGCAGCACCAUACAAGGAACGGGCACCCCAAUUUCAGGAAAGCGUCGGCAGCUUUCGUUCCAACAGUUUCAACUCAACAUUUGAGCAUCAUCUUCCCCCAUCCCCCUUGGAACAUGGGGCACCCUUCCAAAGAGAGCCAGUGGGGCCGUCAUCUGCCCCACCUGCCCCUCCUAAGGAUCAUGGUGGUAUCUUCUCUCGAGAUGCACCCACUCAUCUACCCUCUGUGGAUCUUUCGAACCCCUUCACAAAGGAGGCAGCCUUGGCCCAUGCUGCCCCACCCCCUCCUCCUGGAGAGCACAGCGGAGUACCCUUCCCCACCCCACCCCCUCCACCCCCUGGGGAACAUAGCAGUGGUGGGAGUGGUGUUCCCUUUUCUACUCCACCCCCUCCUACCCCUGUUGACCACUCUGGGGUUGUACCCUUCCCUGCCCCACCACUGGCAGAGCAUGGAGUGGCAGGGGCAGUGGCAGUAUUUCCCAAGGACCAUAGUUCCCUCCUUCAAGGGACCUUGGCUGAUCAUUUUGGGGUGCUCCCAGGACCCAGGGACCAUGGGGGCCCCACCCAACGGGACCUCAACGGCCCUGGCCUUAGCCAUGUACGUGAGAGCCUGAGCCUACCCUCCCAUUCUCUGGAGCACCUGGUUCCAGCCCAUGGAGGAGGUGGGGGAGGCAGCAACAGCAGCAGUGGCCUCCCCUUGGGUCCCUCACACAGAGACACCAUCAACCGGAGUGGUAUGAUUUUGCGGAAUCCCCGGCCAGACUUUCGGCCUAGGGAACCUUUUCUCGGCAGAGACCCGUUCCACAGCUUAAAGAGACCCAGGCCGCCUUUUGUUAGGUGCCCUCCGUUCUUUGCACCAAAACGCCCAUUCUUCCCUCCCGGGUACUGAUGGAAACCAAGGGAAAGGCAUUUUGAACAGUCUAGAGAGCAUUGGAAGUAGGAGUUGGUUUAUUAUUGUUUUUGUUUCCCUCCUUUGAUUUAUUUUUUUUAAUGACCAAGGGCCUCCCUUCCAAAGUGAAAAGUCAUAUGCUUACAUUUCACUGUUCCAUCCUGUCCUUCCCACUGCACUUACCUACCUUCCCCGAGUUGUUUGUAUUUAAAGGGGGGCGGGGCAGGCAAAGAAACACAACCAAAGCCACUUCCUUUGGCUGGGAGUUUGAAGGACGGGAGGAAAAAAAAAUCUUAUAUGAUCCCAUCUAUUGAAGAGUAUUAUUACAUUUGAAAUAAAACUUCCACCAGUACAGAUGAUAAUGUGCAAUGUUGGGAUGUUAUUUUGGGUUUGGCUUAUUAGUAGUUGAUGGAAGGGUUCCUGUCCCCUUUCUUCAGCUAAGUUCACUGCUGGGACCAGCAUGGCUCCCUUCCCCGUGUGCUCUGCCCUGCUGACAGCCAGGAGAUGUUGCAAGGGAGGAAAUGUGGAAGACCUUGGACCUGUCAAGCUGUUCUGUUUUGUUUGUUUUUAAAAGCAUGUUGAAGUUGAGUUCUUUACCUUUCUCCUAAAAUCUUAAUUUAAAAAAAAAAGGGGUGGGGGGCAGCCUCUUCUUCCAAAGGCAGUAACUUUGAGGAGACACAAACCUCGUUCUGGCCUAGUAAAAAUUUGUCCUCUCUAUUUUUGGAACGAAAGAGAGCAGGCUGAAUAUAUGUUGAGGUUAAAAUAAGGAGUAACUACAAUAUAGAGCGUUAGAGAGAGGAACUGUUAGCAGUGUGUGUGACCUGCCCAUCCUUCAUGAACGAGAGAAUGGAAAACGCUUUUGAGAUAGUUCCGCUUGUCUUGCACCAAGCUCUCCCUGCCUGCCUUCUUUGGCUUGCUCUCUCAGUUUUCACUUCUGCUGUGGCCAGAAAGUAAGUCACUACAGUUGACAGUUAUUUUAAAGGUGCAGCUGUAAUAUUAUCCCUGUGCUUUUUAAUGUAAGAAGUAGACAUUUUUACCAUGGUGCCUCCCUAACGUAAGUGGUAUUUGUUGGUAUAUUUCAGCAAAGGUUAACUACUAGGGAAAGGGAAUUAAUUUUCUUUGUCUUUCCUUUCCCCUUGCCCUCCUCCUGUAUUCACCCCAUUCUUGGUAUUUCAAAGAAGGUUCAACAGCAUCUUUAUGUUAUACUUCUUCAGAUGUGUUUUAGUAACGAGUGAGUAUUACUAGACAUUUUUACAGAGAAACUGGAGGACCUGAGAAAUCCAGAUCUACCCCACUGCAGUAGCAGCCCAUCACAUAUCAAGGCUCAAAGCUUAUCCUCACUCCCACUCCCAGUAGGAUGUUUCUGCUCUUAGUAAUUUCACAUGAGAAAGUUCUUUUAUUCUCCCUGAAAGGCUUCUUAUUUGUGUUUCUACAGCAAGUACUGGGAAAAAGACAAUCACCGUACUUUGAGUGUUUAGAUCUUUAUAUCUUAGGGACACUGAAAAGCAAAUGUUGCAUUACUAUUUUUUGUUUAGUGUCUUACCCUAAGGUACACACACAGGUAACCUCCAGCUAGGUGAGUAAAACAAUAUGUGUUGAGCGUUUUAGAGAAUCCUAGUAAGUUUCAUAUUUUCUUCCAAGUUAAUAUAGAACUAACUAUAAGAAGUAUGGGGAUUGCUUUGGAUUCCUGCAGUGAAAUAAUGGAAGGUGGGGGAGAGGGCAAUGUAGUGGCAGUAGGUGAUUCUUAGUCUCAGAAUAAACUCGCUUUUCAGAUAAAGAGCACCUUAAACCAGGCGUGUCAUAGUUUGGGAGUUUUGUGUAAUUUAUUCCGUGUUAUUUAUUCGGGCUCACUAUGUGUAUUGUGGUUAGGGUGCUGCAAGUCAUUCAUCUCCCUAAUGCAUUUCUGGUCCUAAGCCAACUAACUGUUUUCUUUCUUUCUUUGACCCUCUCAAGCCUCUCUGCCCUGUGGCUCUCCCCACAAAAAUGCAUGAUACCAUUACCUUGUAAGUGGGAUGGGGUAUAUAGUGUAGCAAAGCAAAGAAACAGUAUAGUACAUUGAGUCCUCAGACAUUUGUUUAGGGAAAAGUAUAAGUAGGGGGAGGAGUUCUAUUUGACUCAACUGAAAUAGAAUUUUUUUUCCCCCCCAGAAAUUAAGUGGGAUGUUUUCAUUCUAGAAUAAAAGAAUGUGAAUUCUUUCUGCUGCUCUUGUUUAAGCUAAAAGUAGUGUUUACUUGAAAAGGCUCUCUCACCAGUUGGUUUUAUAAGAAAAUGUGGGGAUGUCAGGAAAGUGGCUUCCUGAAUGUUGGGGCAGAGUAAUUGUCCUCAAAAGUAUGACAGCUAAUACGUGAAAGGAAAACCUUGUACAGUUUUAAAGAUGGACUUUUUAGGGGUGGAUUUUUUGUGUGUGGGCUGUUUUUUAAGCCACCGAAUCCUCAAAGCGCUUGUUUCAGGAUGGAAGUGAGGAUUUGUAUAUGACUGUCAGCUGUUAACUUUAAGGAAAUCUGUCCACAGUAAAGGAAGACGACAGUGUACAUAUGUGAUAUAGUGAAACAAGACAAUUCUGGUAUUCAUAACAUGAAACAAAGGGGUUUUAUUCUUUCUGUGUCUGUGAUUUAAAACUCCAUGCCCAUGCUCUGACUUUUGUAUUUCACCCCGAGUUUAAAAAAAAUAAACAAGAUAUUUUUUAAAGAAAGCAUAACAUAGUGUGUCUUGGAAAGGACAUGAUUCUCAUGAAAGCAGAAUAUGCGAAGUUGUUACCAAGGUCCUUGGUGCUCACUGUAAAAUCACAGACAGAGAAUUGGUGGGUUGCGGAUACACUGGUACCGCCUAAAACUGGUACAGCAUCAGAAAUGGGUCCUUAAGUAUUUUGUAAGUUUACUCUUCAGUGAGUUAGAUGAGAGGCCUCCCUGCUUCCUCUGCUCUCCCAGAUGUUGAGAGUAGAAUUUGGUUUGAUUCCAGGGAGGGUAAAAUGAUCGGAGAGUAGAACUUCUGUUCUUUCCGGUCCCAGGAAUACAAUGUUUGUGAUAUAUGUGGUACAGCGAACCUAUCUAGAUAAUGUGAAUAUGCUAAACUUCCUCAUUGCAGAAUAUUCACUAUCCUGAAAUUACUGGUUGAUGCAGAAUUAAGCCUCAGCUGUUAUUGUUUUGAAGCUGCUGUAAAUUACUGCUUUUCCCCCUUUUCCUCCCCUACCCCUUUUUUGAAUGGGCGGGGGUGCCUGUUAAGAUUAAAAUUAGAUAUGUUGGAUUGAUAUUCUCACGUGUUCAGUGUGGAAAACAAAACAAGUACAUGCUUUAGAGGCAACAACAAUGAAAUCCUUUUGAAAUGUGUAUCACUUAAUAAAAUAACUAGUUCUAAA